AUGUUUCGCUUUGCCAUGAACCAUUCCGUUCCGGCAGCGCCUACGCAAUGCAAGCCUCUCCUGAUCCAACCCAAGGUCUCAAUAGCGCCACAAGGUAUCAAAUUUGGUCGCCAGGAAGCGCACAUAUUUGAUCUAUUCCGUUUACGCACAGUUCAUCAAGUUGGUGGUAGUUUCAACCAGGUCUUCUGGACCAGUGAUGUGCUGCGCGCGGCGCGCCUCUAUCCCGCCGUCUGGCACGCUUGCCUUUCAUUCGCCGCGCUUGAUCAUAGGGCAAAGAAACCCAAAGCACCCGAAGCCGACAAGAUGUCGCUGUAUUCCUUUGCGCUGCUGCAGCAUAACGCUUCCAUUCGACACAUGGUUAAGAUUGCGCAGCAGGCGCUCCCGAGCUACGCCGACCAGGAGACUUUUAUGCUCGUAAGCAUGCUCUACACGGGUCUGUGUUGCCUGCAGGGAGACGUAUCACAGGCAGCCGAACAUGCUCGUACUAGCAUACUUCUCUUCUAUCAAUGGCGAUUUUGGGAGCACCAACACCAAGGACGUAGGGAUCACAUACUAUCCCCCGGCGCGCUCAUCUCCCUCAUUUCACUUUACGAAUCCCAAAUAUUCGGGCGUAUCCGAGGUGUGCCGAGGCCGAACUGGUAUCUUCAGGGGAAUCGGCCAGCGGCACCAGCCGAUCCCUACCAGUCAAUGAGUGACGCGUUUGUCGACAUUCAGCCCAUGUUGACGGCCAUUUUUCAAGCCUUCCCAAUGGUCACGCUGCCGGGGGAUAUUGCCAGGAUCUCGGGUUAUGAUGAGACGAUUCUAGAAUACAAGAGUCGCCUUGCCGUUUGGAGGUCGAAAUUCAAGGCAUUACUGGAAACGCAGCCUGAUGAUGCUUCGACCAAGCACGGUGUAACUCAACUUCAACUCAUGGAAGUAGCCGUGCACGUGUGCUUGCAUCUGGAUCGUACUCUUGGGGAGGAAUCGUUUGAUCACUUUACAGAUUCGUUUGCCAGAAUCACCCAUCUUGCGCGGCAGCUCAUCCAUCUCGAAAAGGAGGCAGAGGCCAGGCAGGGCAUUGACGGCCAGGGGUUUUCAUAUUCUGUGUCCGUCGCCGAGCUUCUGUUUGGCGUGGGCCGCACAUGCCGCGAUCGUUUGAUACGACGAGAAGCAGUCGCGCUGCUCCGGCAGUGGCCAAGAAGAGACGGUAUCUGGCGGCCGGUGGUCGUGGCCGCCAUGUGCGCUGCCGUGAUUGAGCUGGAGGAAGGGACGUGGUACGAGGCCAGAUCGAUCGCGCCGGACGAGUGCAGCUGUGCAUACGAAAGUUUCAUCUGUAAUAACCACCGAGUCGGCCGUCUCGAGUUGAAAAUGUCGCCUCCCGGACAGGCGUCUGUUCACUUUCGCUCCGUGAGCGAUGUCCGGCACCAGCGCGACGGUCUGACCAAGCCUGUCGCCAUAGGCUAA